AUGGACGACGACUUUGACGGCGCCGACGUCCGCGUCGAGGCCACCACUCCCGCCGCACCCUCCACCGACGCCCUCUCAAAGCGAAAACGCAAGCGCGAGAAAGAAAAAGCCAAUAAAGCCGCCGCCGCUACCUCUUCAACCCCCACUACCAACUCCUCCACCAACUCCACCUCCCACCCCUCCAAAAAGGCCAAACCAGCCCCCAAAUCCACCCCCAUCACCACCACCCCCGACGACGGCUCCAUCGACCCCACAAUCGCCCACAUGGACCCCACCCUCCUCGCCGACCACCUCAUCUCGCGCCACAAGCACUGGCACCCCGCGCUCAGCGCCGUCGAGCUACACGACGCCCACAUCCCCGCCACGCACUUUUCCGACACGACGCACUGGCAGUCACAGCGGUCGCUCGCAAAUCUGCCAAACUACCUUGAAAAGUGCUGCCGCGUUGCCGGCGCGAAGAAGUUCCGCCUGGACCAGGCGGCAGAGGCGUGCGGCGCGCCGCAUACGCUGGUUGUGACGGCGGCGGCGCUGCGCGCGUCGAGGGUCGCGAGUGCGCUGAGGAAGUACCAGAGUAAGGAUGCGAUGGUGGCGAAGCUGUUUGCGAAGCAUAUUAAGCUGGCGGAGAGUGUGGAGAUGUGUAAGAACAACAGAAUCGGCAUAGCCGUCGGCACACCCUCUCGAAUCCUCGACGUGCUCAAGGAAGAGGUGCUGCAUCUGGACGAGCUGCGGUGGAUCGUGGUGGACGCGAGCUAUGUGGACAAGAAGGGGUUUGGCGUGCUUGGGAUCCGCGAGGUGCAGGAGGGCGUCAUGGAGCUGUUUGGGCAUGAGAAGGUGAAGAAGCGGUUUGAGGAGGGGCUGAAGAUUCUGUUUUUUUAG